AUGGCCCAAGGACUCGACUCGGAUGAGUACGAUGUCGUCGUCCUUGGAACAGGACUGGCAGAGAGUAUAGCCGCAGCGGCAUUGGCCAAGGCCGGCAAGUCUGUCCUGCAUCUAGACCCGAACGAGUAUUAUGGAUCGGCACAAGCGUCCUUGACUCUGGACGAGUUGAUAGAAUACGUAAAGGUCUGUGGAUCUACACACCCAGUGGAGCUCCCGGAAAAGCUGGAGAAGGAUAGAAGACGAUACGCCCUGUCCCUGUUCCCAGCCGUUCUGCCAUCUCGAGGAGCACUCAUCGAGACGUUGAUCGCUUCCGAUGUCAGCAAAUAUGUAUCGUUCAAGAUGCUCGACAGCGUGAUCGUAGCUAGCUCGGGAGGUUUUCGUCGUGUACCAGGAAGCAAGGAGCAGAUCUUCAGAGAUCAGAGCGUGUCGUUGAUGGAGAAACGCAAGUUGAUGCGGUUCUUGAUGCUGUCAGCGGGAGACCACGAGUCUUCAGAGCUUAUCCAAGGAAAGGAGAAUGACGCUCUGUUGGAUUUUCUCACCGAGUCUAUAAAGCUGCCGCCCGAUCUCGCCUCGACAGUUACAUACGCCAUAGCGCAUUGCUCAGGGCCUUCCGAUCCGCUUGGACCAGCGAUCAAGAGGACCCAGAGAUAUCUGCAAUCUGUUGGCCGAUAUGGAUCAGGGGCGUUUCUGGUCGGUCAGUACGGAGGUGCAGGCGAAGUUGCGCAAGGGUUCUGCAGGGCAUGUGCAGUGUAUGGAGGUACAUAUGUGUUGGGCCCUUCGGCCAGGAUGACAGAUCUUCACGUCGACGACAAAGUGACCUUUUCCAUCCCUUGUCAUCCUCGGCCAGUCAUCGCCAAGCGCAUCAUUUCCGCGCCGGAUCUCCUGGCCCCGCUGCUGAAAGAGCCAGGGCCGUCGGAAAGAGUUCUUGGUGCUCACUGUAUCGCCAUCUUGUCUUCUCUCCCGGCGGCGCUGGCCAAAGACAGGGCCUUGGGUGAAGAGAAUGAUAACGAAGGAAUUGAGCAAGACGAUACCGCGAUGAUCAUCUUUCCUCCGGUGGAUGGAAAGCCGGUCGUCCGAGGCCUGUUGAUGGGUGAGGGGACCGGAUCGUGCCCUGCCGGGCAGUACGUGUUAUACAUCAGUGCGACUGUCACAGAGCCUUCCGAUUCGGAGGAACUUCUGCGGCCAUAUCUUCGCAGACUGGCGCCGGAGCCAAUCUUCGAGUCGUAUCACGUCAGCGAGACAGCGAAGCCAAGUUCAGUAGCUGGUUCAAGCUGUGUCGUCGGGCUGAGUCCUUAUGGUGAUAAUCAGCUUGAGACGGAAGCACUGGAUUGGGAGGCCGAACAGGGUAGAGCCGCGUAUGAGGCCAUCAUGGGAACGAGCGAAGGUGUGCGAGGGUUCUUUGAGAAGACAGAGGGCGAGACCGAAGAGGAAACUGUAUAA